AUGGCCUCUCCCGACUUCAGACUCUGCAUCUUUUGCCGACAGCUUGAGCCUGCCUCAAAGCCCUGUCCCAAGCAGAAGUCCCGAGAUUCAGCAAAGAAGUCGGACCACUUCGGACCAGAGGAGCAGUUCAACCAACUUUGCCCGCUCUCUGCCGAUGAUGAAAAGCUUCUCAAGCAACUCCAAGAUAAGCCCAGCUCGCUUUGCAAACGAUGCGCCGAUUACAAUCCCCUCAAGGCCUUUGAGCUCUCAGAACCGCUCCCCUCGGGCCUCAUUCCCGAUGACAGUGACAAAUUCAGGGAUUACUUCGUCCGCCUCAAGCCCUAUGAGCUCGCCCUCGGUGAACUUGGAUCGCUCGCCUUGCAAGCAUCGUGCCCCUUCUGCCGGCUCAUCUACCGCAUCAUGCCCACCGAGGGCAUACGUCCCGACACCAAGGGCAUGAGACUCACUCCCUAUCCUGCCUAUGUCCGACAUGCCGGCUGGCAGUACCUUGCUGAGGAGACAAGGACUAAAAGUGCCAUCUUCUUGGGUCUGCGCCAUUUCAGCCACAUGAUCCACGACCUCCAAGUUCCUUUGCUCUUCUCAGACAAUGAACCAGGUGUGCAAAGCUCUGAAAUGACGGGCCCUGCUAUAUGCUUGGCCACUGAAGACACGUUCCAUGACCGGAAACAGUACAAUGGACGGUUGAUUGAGCCGUUUGUUGACUUUGGGUUUGCGAAGAAUGGCCUUGAUGUUUGCUGGAAAAACCAUAAAGAAUACUGCAUCUCUACGAAGCCCGAGGAAUUAUUCACCACAAAGAUGAUCGAUGUCCUUGAACGCAAGGUGGUUCCCUACCCAAAGGGAUGCGAGUAUGUCGCUCUAAGCUAUACUUGGGGUGGAAUUAUGCCGGAGGAAGGGGCCUUGGAAAAGAAGACUCUGCCGCAGACUAUUGAGGACUCCAUCACUGUCACCAAGAAACUUGGGAAGCGCUAUCUCUGGGUCGACGCCCUCUGCAUCAAUCAGAAACCCUGGGACACACUCUCCGUCCAAGAGAAAGCCGAAAAGACCCAGCAACUCGCCAUGAUGGAUCUCAUCUACCAAUGCGCCGCCGUAACCCUCGUUGCCCUCUCUGGCCAGAACUCCAACGCUGGCCUUUGCGGAGUCUCGCGGGAACGGGAGAUGCAACUUCAUGAGACUAUCAACGGCCGCACGCUCUUCACCAUCCCCGCUGUCGUCGAGGACGAAAUGGCCGCUUCGGCAUGGGACACUCGGGCCUGGACCUUCCAGGAAGGCAUGCUGUCCAAGCGUUCCGUCAAAUGUCCUGGCCUUCAGACUCCCUCAACGCCUGUCUCGGUUUGCUCUCCGCCCUCCAGCGCCAUCUCUUCCCUUCCGUAUUCGAAUGGGGCCUUCCCCUGCGCCAAUUUCCUCUCACCUUGGGCUGGUCUCACGAUUGGUCCUUUCCCAAGCCCGAGAGGCUACACAAGGACUCCCCGCCGUGGGACAUCGCCCGCCCACAAAGGCGAGAGAGCUUUCCGUCGUGGAGUUGGUGCGGCUGGGAGGGGCACGUCACGUUCGAUCAGACCUCUUUGCUAG